CUGCAUAAUUUACUCAACACUCCUGUAAUAUAUCGGACCUCCAGCAGUGGCCCCAGCUCUAGGCACUCCGUCUCGAGAUAUCAGACAAAUUCUGGCCUUUCUGGGCCAGGCUGGAACUCUCAUCAUGGAGCACGUUCAAAUCAAGCUGGCUCUCGACACAGUUUUACGGACAAAGAGAGCAUAAACGUUCCCACUGGGGUCACAUUAUCUUCACAGGCUAACAGGCAAAGACAAUCGUCCGCUCGCACAAGCGUUCGCUCAGAAAUGCCUCUGCCUCCGGUUCCUUUAACUAAAAACUACGCUACACCAGAGCAGAUAGCUGCUGUGAAAGAAAUAUUUCCCAAUAUUCCUGAAAUACAAAUUCAACAGCUGUUGAUAGACCAAAGAGGCGACACUGGAAAGGUGGUAGAAUUUUUCUUGAAUUCUACCCAAUCUGCUUGA